GCCCGCCUGUCGCCUUCAAACACAAUCCAACCCCCCACCCUUUUUCCUCUCUCUCUCUCUCUCUCUCUCUCUCUCUCUCCUCCUUUUUCUCUCUCUAAAUUCCAAACCAAACCGUUACUCUUCCCGUGCCCCCAAACCAAACCAGAACCAACACGAGAGUAUGGAAGUGCCCGAGUACUUCACCGACGCCUAUUUCUCGGCGGGAAACUGCUACUACGACAAGAAACCGGCCGAGAAUGUUGCCAUCAACCACCACUUCACCGUCGACGACCUGCUCGAUUUCUCGAAAGCCGACGAGGUCAUGGCGACCGAGGGUGUGUUCGACAAUGUGAAGGUGAUCAAUUCGGCUGAGUCUUCGGGUGUUACGGUCGUUGACAGCUGUAAUUCGUCUGUUUCCGGAGGGGAUGCUCAGUUUUCCGGUGGUUUUGCCGACGGCCAUUUCUCCGGCGAGCUCUGCGUUCCGUACGACGACUUGGCCGAGCUCGAAUGGCUCUCGAACUUCGUGGAGGACUCCUUCUCAAGCGACGAAUUCCAAAACCACCUCCACCUAAUCUCCCCCGCAAACAACCCUCCCCACAUCGCCACCUCAUCCUCCCACAUCCCCCCACGCGCCCACGCGCCGCCCAUAUUCCCCUCCGACGUCUCCGUCCCCGGCAAAGCCCGCAGCAAGCGCUCGCGCGCCGCCCCCUGCGACUGGUCCUCCCGCCUCCUCCUCCUCUCCUCCCCAGCCUCCCCGGAACUGAUUAAAACGACGGCGCCGUCGAAGAAGAGGGACGUGAACGAGCCCGUGGGCCGGAAGUGCCUGCACUGCGGGUCGGAGAAGACGCCGCAGUGGAGGACCGGGCCCAUGGGGCCGAAGACGCUGUGCAACGCGUGCGGCGUCAGGUUCAAGUCGGGCCGGUUGGUUGCCGAGUACCGGCCCGCCGCGAGCCCGACGUUCGUGUCGGCGAAGCACUCGAACUCGCACAGGAAGGUGCUGGAGCUGAGGAGGCAGAAGGAGUUCCAGAUGCAGCAGCAGCAGCAGUUCGUGAGUCAAAGCUCGAUUUUCAGCGCAUCCAACGGCGGCGAUCGUUACUUGAUUCAUCACCGCGGUGGUCCCGAUUACGGGCACAUGAUUUAGUGCGUGCUGGAGUAGCGUAAUAGGGUGGGGAACUCUUUUGACAUCGAUGAUUCGAGAUAGCGUGCUAAUUUCCAGUUGUCAUUUUUGGAUAGCUUGAUCGCUUUUUCCAGGGAAAAAAGAAAUCAAGAAUUUAGGAGGGAAAAAGAAAAGAAAAGUAAAAGGAGGGAGAAGAUGGUCAAUUCGUUGUAGACUCUAAAAAAUGUUACACUAUCUAGUUUUUUCCCUUUUUUUUUUUUUUUUUUUUCCUUCCUUGUUUUGGAAUUUUGCCGAAUUAGGCAAAUUGAGAAGCAAUUUCUGUUUCAUGAUCACAUUUACAUUUACAUUUAUUUCGUGUUACAAA